AUGCCGCCCCACAGCAACGCGAAUGAUGAUGAUGAGGAUAUUGAUUUCUCCGACCUGCGACAACAACACGAAGUGCGCCUCGACGAGGGCCUCGACACGUUCGUCGUCGUCGACGGCUGCCCCGUCGUCUCGGAGGAGAACAAGCCGCGCCUCAUAAAGUUCCUGUGCAAGAAGCUCGGCGAGGCCGGGCGCACGAAGCCCGAUGCUGUGUUUAUGCCGGUCAAUGAGGAGAGUGGGAUGACGGAGGGCUACGCCUUCGUCGAGUACGAAACCCCCGAACAAGCCCUCCUCGCCAUCAAAACCCUGCACGGCAUCGCGCUCGACAAAAAGCACACCAUGUCCAUCAACAAGCUCACCGACAUCGACCACUUUGGCCGCGCCGGCCGCAUCUCCGACACCUACACGCCCCCGUCCAUCGAGCCCUUCAGCGAGAGCGAGCACCUGCGCUCCUGGCUCUCCGACCCCUCCGCGCGCGACCAGUUCGCCAUGUACCGCGGCGACAGCGUCGGCGUGUUCUGGAACCGCAAGAAGGACACGCCUGACGCCGACGUCGACCGUCUCGGCUGGACAGAGAGCUUCGUGCAGUGGUCGCCGCAGGGCACGUUCCUGACGAGCGUGCACGAGCAGGGCGUGCAGCUGUGGGGCGGGCCGACGUGGAAGCGCGUGAUGCGGUUCGCGCACCCGGCGGUGAACCUGGUGGACUUCUCGCCGUGUGAGCGGUAUUUGGUGACGUGGAGUAACAAGCCGAUUAGUCUCCCCGAGACGCUGCCGGCGGGGUUCCCGCUUGGCCCGGACGAGGAGGGGAAGAGCUUUAUUGUGUGGGAUAUCAAGACGGGCGGGCUGUUGCGGAGUUUUGCGGCGAUAUUGGAGAAUCCGGAGGAGGAUUUGAUUGAGGUUGUGAGGAAGAAGGUGUCGUGGCCGGUGUUCAAGUGGAGCGCCGACGACCGCUAUGUCGCCAGGGUUGUGCCAGGCCAGGCGAUCCAGGUAUUCGAGACCCCCUCCAUGGUGCUCCUGGGCAAAAAGGCAAUCAAGAUCGACGGCGUCGUCGACUUUGAAUGGUCCCCGCAGGCCGCCGCCGCCCCCACCACCACAAAGGACGCCAAAGACCCCACCACCCAAAUCCUCGCCUUCUGGACGCCCGAAAUGAACAACCAGACCGCGCGCGUCACGCUCAUGUCCCUCCCCUCCAAGACCGUCAUCCGCACGCGCAACCUCGUCAACGUCUCCGACUGCAAGCUGCACUGGCAGUCGUCCGGAAAAUACCUCUGCGUCAAGGUCGACCGCCACACAAAGACCAAAAAGAGCACCUUCACCUCCCUCGAGUUCUUUCGGCUGCGCGAGAAAAACAUCCCCGUCGAGAUCAUCGAGCUCAAAGCCAGCAUCGUCAAUUUCGCCUGGGAGCCGGCCAACGGCGAUCGCUUCGUGUUUAUCACCGCCGACGACGCCGUUCCGGGGGCCGCGGCAGCGCCAAAGAUGGCGGUGCACUUUUAUGCGCCCGAGAAGCUCAAGGGAGGGGGUGCGGGCGCGGUGGGGGAGUUUACGCUGGUCAAGACGGUGGAGCGGAAGAACUCGAAUGCAAUCUACUGGUGUCCCAAGGGGCGGUUCGUGUUGGUUGCCACGGUGCACAGCCAGAUGUCGUUUGAGCUCGAGUUCUGGGACUGUGAUUUCGAGGGCGAGAAGAUGAAGCUGGAGGGGGGGAAGGCGGGGAAGGAGGUGGCGGCGAAUUUGAUGCUUAUGGGGACCGGAGAGCAUUAUGGCGUGACGGAUGUGGAGUGGGAUCCGACGGGGAGGUAUGUGGCGACUAGUACGAGUAUGUGGAAGACUCCGAUGGAGAACGGCUACCACCUCUGGGACUUCCGCGGCGCCCUCCUGCGCGAAGAACACAUCGACAAGUUCAAGCAACUCCUGUGGCGCCCCCGCCCGCCGACCCUCCUCACCCCCAGCGCGCAAAAGGCGAUCCGCAAGAACCUGCGCGAGUACUCCAAGGCCUUCGACGAGGAGGACCUGUUCGAGUCCGAGGCGGCCAACAAGGAGGUUGUCGAGGCGCGCAUGCGCAUGCUCAACGAGUGGCGCGCGUGGCGCGAGCGCGUCGUGGCGGAGGUGCGUGUGCAGCGCGGCGUGGAGGAGACGGUUGUUGUCGAGGAGGAUCGCGUGGUGGAGGAGAUUGUGGAGGAGGUGGUGGAGGAGAGGGAGGAGGUUGUUGUUGGGUAG